ACACAUGAAGAUUCACGAGAAGGACCCGGCCAGCGGCCUGCUCCCCGUCAGCCCCCCCUCUCCCACCAAACGCCGCCGUCCGUCCGUGAAGAGGAGGCAGGGCCUCGAGGAGGAGAGCGGAGAGGAGCCGCCCAACAAGAAGGUGGCGGAGGACGCGACGGCAGACGAGGCGGUGGCGGGCCGCGGCUCGGAGGAGGAGCUUCUGCCCUGUCCCAUCUGCUUCAAAACCUGCAGCUCCAGACUGGAUCUGGACGCGCACAUGGACACCCACCCUGACACCGCCCUCAG